CUAGUACGACACGGCUGCCAGCCCAACUCCAAAGAAAUACUACUAGAACAGAGAAAGAACUGAAGAGAAGCGCUGAAGAGGAACUUCAAGCUAAGCGACAAAGGCGACCGACUGAACCAGGGAUUCGACGGACGAUCGAGUUGGCUUCGCCUCUUUCACCGCCAACCCGCUACCGCCCCCCACCUCCAAGACCAGGACUCGUGGAUCCAAGUGCCUCACGCACACUAAGCAGUGACGGGAGCCACCGGCUGGAUUUACUAAAAGAGUCAAAGAGAAGAACUUUCUUUCACUUGUAUGAUGAUUCCGUACAGUCCAUUUGGUAGACCUCAGACAACUGUAGUGCCUCCUCGAACCAUCAAUGUUCAAAAAUUUGCUGAAUCUCGAGGACCUGAACUUGAGACUCUUCACUCUAUUAUAAAGAACCGCCUACAAAAUGACUUCCGUUCUCAAAGAAGCAAGAGGAGAAGGACAACUGGGCAUGAUAAUCGAGCAACCAGAAACAAACACAAAAAGAAGCGGAAGGUAGAAAACAAAGAUGUGGACAGGACUCACAGUUUGGGGAAUGAUAAGGUUGCUCCUCGCCGUGUUCGUAGGAGAAUUGAAUUUAGUAAGAACCUCAAUGGUGGGUUUUUGACUUCAGGAGAUGGGACUAAAAGACUUAGAACACAUAUAUGGCAUGCAAAGCGUUUCACAAUGACCAAACUUUGGGGGUUUUACCUUCCCCUUAGGCUACAAGGCAGUGGAAGAGGCUCAAGAGCACUUUUGAAGAAACUUAAAGACAGAGCUCUUGUGCAUGACACAAGCUAUUGUACUGUUAUACAGCUGGAGGGCCUGGAGGAAAUGGUACAGUCAGUUUUAGAUAACACAAUGGUGUCCUCAUCAUCAAAUAGUGAAUAUGCUUCCCAGUACAUACUUUCUGGUCUUAUUUGUUGUAAAGCCAUGCUUCAUCGUUUUGGGGAGCCCUUCUCUUCUCCCAUUGCUCCUAUUAUGUACAUGUGGCAACCUCAGAAUUCUUGCAGUAUAAAUGCUAAGGUUACUGAGAGCACAUUCAAGAGUCUGAGUGGAGUUGAUGAAAUUGCUUCUUCUCGGCGACUAUGGAUUUUCAUACACGCUUCAGCUUUUGGAGAAGGGUUUGAGGCCUUGCAGCAUGCCUGCAAACAACAUAUGAGUGCCAACAACUUGACUGUUAGUUGUAUCUCUCUUGAGGACCGGCUUACAAAAUUAGAAGUUAUUGGAUCGAUGGCACUUCAAGUCCUUAAAAAGACAUUACAUCCUGCUAACCAUGAAAGUGAAUUUGCCAAAACACUUGAGGAAGAUCAAAUUCCUUAUUAUGGGAUUUCUUCCCUCACUGUUGUGGAUCCUCGCUAUUUUACUGAGGGAGGUGUUUCUAAUUCUUCAGAUAUAAAUGUUCUAGAAGAACUAACUUAUAAGGAGCAAGCGAUGAAACAAAAUGCUGCAUUGGUUGAACAUUCUGAAAUGGAAUGUAAUUCACCUUCACGUCAAUGCUCUGAAUUUGAAGAAAGCUGUGAUUUAUCUGUGUGUAUGGAUUUGUGGCAUUUGUACAAAGAUGUAAGCCCUCCUAUAGAAGAAAGAGUUCUUUGCGCAGAGAGACACAACCAGCGUAUGAAAUUGUUUGGGCUUGGUGAUAGGAUUUCUGGGGCAUUAGAUGCUCCAAACAUUAUACAGCGUCCGAGAUCAUGUCCUAUUUUGCUCAUUAAGAAUUACAGCCAGAUAUCUUCUUCUAAAAGAUGGUCUAUUAUUCUUCCGCUAAGUUGGGUUAAGGUCAUAUGGAUUAGUCUCAUCUCCAAUGGUGCUCAUGCAAUGGGUCUCGCAGAGAAGCAUUGGGUUGCUUGUGAAUCUGGCUUGCCAUGCUUCCCUUAUGAUUUUCCUGAUUGCAAGUCAUAUUCAUGGUUUAUGGAAAUGGAAGAAAUUGCUGCUAAUGAAAAGGCAGAGAGAAUUCCUCCUCCCUUGAGGCCUUUCAGAGUUCCAAUUCAGCCCCCUUGGAAUAGUGUCCACCUUUCUAUUGAAAAAAGAUCAUCCUCCAUGGAAAGAAAUUUUGAACUACAACGUCAAGACCUAUGCACGGAAGACUUUGAACAAAAGUGCUUAAUUGAUUUCACUGGCUAUAGAGGAGAUCGUUUCACUGCUAUUCCAUUUAUGGGAUUUAUAGCAAGGACAUCCCGCAUUUUUAGCCAGUUUUUGAAUCAAAUCAACGGAAGCCAUUUGCUUUUGUUUCCAAAAUUCAUCAAUACAGAGAAGUGCAUAUCUAAAGUUAUUAAAGAAAAUAGAGAGAACCGCAAUGGGGUUAUCUUCCGUGUAAAUUAUGGACCAAAGUUGUGUUUCGUAAGGGUGUUGUUGCAUGCCUACAACAAAGGUGUUUUUGAAGGAGGAGCAGUGGUUUGUGCCCCUCAAGUUGAUGAAUUGUUGUUGUUGACUCAGAGACCAGAAAAUUCUGAAGGACAACUUCAAAUAACCGAGUCGUCAGUUCGGUCAUACUUUGUGCAGCGAGCAGAUGGGAAAUGGGAAUGUCAGCUACCCACUGAUCCUGAAUCCAUAGCGUCUCAUAGGCUGCCGAUUGGUUUUGUUACAACAGGAUUCAUACCAGGAAGCAAGAAGCCUGUCGCAGUGGCUCUUUGUGAGGCAAUCAAUCUUGCAUGUCUCAGAGAGGAUCAGUGGAGGAUCACGUCUCUUAAGCGGAGAAAGGAAAUCUAUGUGUUGGUUAGGAAUUUGAGGUCAACUACAUAUAGACUUGCAUUGGCUAAUAUAAUCCUGGAGCAAAGGGAAGAUGAUGAUCUCGAUUACAUGUAAUUGUGUUUCAUGGGGCUAGAAAUUUUGGCUGCUAUCUUUUCUAUCUUAUCUAUUUGUUGCGAUGGAAUCUGAUCCCCCCCAUGUGAAUCCAUCUUCCAAAAGAAAAAAGAGUUCCUUUCUAUUGCUUGCUUUCCUUGGUCAAAUACUGAAAUGAGGUACUCCCUCCGUCCCAUUGGAUUUUGUCAACUUUCCUUUUUUGUUUGUCCCAAAAACUCUCGUUUGCCCAAACCUCAACCACAGUUUUUACUAUUCUAAUUUCCGAUCCAACAUCAACUUGGCAAAAUUGAGUGAGACGGAGGUAAUACUAAACAAUAGAAUCAUGCCCCUCUUUGUUACUUUCCAUCAUACCAAAUGGGUAAUGUUUUCUGAGAUCCUGGUGAUUAGGAGGAUGUAAUGAUAAUACGAGAUUCAGGCUUAUAGAAGCAACUCCAAUGUGUUUAGGGGUGGCAAUCUACCCCGGCCCCCUGCUGGCGUGUUUAGGUUGUAGUUAACCACCUGUUUUAUUAUGUUUGGUUUUGAUGUAUAUGGUUUUAUCUAAUUUUAUUACUCAGUAUAUGUUAUAUUUUUUAAGGAAUUUUUACAUACUCUGUAUGUUAUAGAACAUCCAGUUUGAUACAGAAUCAUCUUGAUUGAAUGUUACUA